AUGAAAAACAUUAAUUAUAGUAAUAGCCACUUUGAUCUGUACUCUAGCAAUUCUGAUAGUGAAUCUGCAGAUGAAAUAGAAAACUUUUCUAUUCUUAAUUUCGACAAUGAUACAUAUCAAGAUGUUAGGAACAAAAUUUUGCAGCAAAAUAGUUGUAAUGAAAAUGAAGAUUACGACCUUAAUAAUGAACUAGAAGAAAAUAUAUUUGAGUUUGAUGAAGGGGUCGACGAAAUUCUACCAGAUCAACCUACAGAAGAUGAUAAAUACACACC